AUGGCACUGUCCAGUAUACACAAUGUAACAGCCGAAGUUAAUCUGAGUGAAACUGCCACCUUGUCAUCUCCACUACAAGAUUUGAUCAGCGACAAAGUUUGUUCCUUGAUUCAGGCGAUCAACUUCGCCAUUAUCUGUGAACUUAUAGACGUUCUUGGUACUGUUGCUAACAUUAUUAAUGUCGUCUGCUUCUGUAAACAAGGAUUCAAAGAUUCAGUCAACAUCAGUUUGCUGG